UACAGUUAUUAGUUUAGCAGUAUAUAGAACGUAUUUUUCUCACAUUAAAGUUUCUAAAUGCAACAGUCGUUUGAUGGUGGUAGAUGGGCAGCAGUUAUCCAUUUUCGGUGAAAUAUCAGUUAAAGUAAUGGUUAAUCACACUCAGCAUCAAGUAAACUUAAUCAUACUUGAUUGUACAAGGCGUUUUGUCCCGCUAUUCGGCAGAAAUUGGAUAGAUGUUUUUUAUCCUAGCUGGAGAAAAACUUUUGGAAAUUUUACACAAAUCAACGCAACGAGUAAAGAUGCAGAAAAUAUUUCGAAAAUCGAUGUGGGUAAUAUUGAAUCAGACAUACAAUCACGAUUUCCAAAAGUUUUUGACGGUGAUUUUUCAUAUCCAAUCACAGGAUUUGAAGCUGACCUUGUCCUGAGAGAGGAUAGACCUAUAUUUAGGAAAGCCUACGAUGUGCCGUUCAAAUUAAGGGAAAAAGUUGUUGACCAUUUGGAUUCACUAGAAAAGCAGAAUGUUAUUACACCGAUACAGGCACAAUUGCAAUGCACAUCGAAAUCAACUAAAGGUCAUGGUUCCACGACAAUCCAGGUCGACGAUCCGGUUGCCAAUACAAAGACAGAAACGACGACGAGCAUCAAUUGACACUGAGGAAGAGUUUUUCGGGUUCCAGAAUGAAGAGAUCGCUGCUAGGAAGGACUAUGCCAAGCAAGGGAAACAAGAGCAUACAAGAACUAGCCCCAUCAGAACGCGAAGCAUUUCGCGAUCGAAAAGAAGAAAAGUCGAUGAAGAAAAUUGAAACGUUUGAAAGACCCAGUAGCAAUGUGUACAGUCGUAAUUUGACAUUGAGUCCUGGGAUACGCAUUAAAUUAUAUAAGAAAAAAGUAAAAUUUAAGAUUAUCAACAAUUACGAUUUUGUAUAAGUUUAAGGAUUAAAUAAUUUCAAACUCAAUAAGGAAAUGUAAAUUUUGUCAGACAAUUGACGUUCUAAGUCUAUAACAAAUUCAUUCUGAAGUAUGUUAAGUAGUGAAUUCGAAAAUGAGUAUUUUUAAUGUUGUUAAAAUUGAUAAUGAAUUUAUGUCAGUUCUAAAGGAAAAAUGAUUGUUAUAAUCGAUUAAAUGGGUUAAACCCUUUCAGAGAUGAAACGAUAUUUGAGAAGCGAGAGAGUAAAAACGAUAAAUUACGAUGUUCGGUUUCCUUCAAUAAAUGCUCACUGAAGUCGUUCUCUUAUACCUUGAACGCCAACUUGAGUAGACGUGUUUUUAAUUAUCAGGAUUUAAGAAACCCCAUUUUGGAUAUACUUUACACUGUUAUGAUAACAUGUAUAUUGUGCUGACAAGUAAUAAUUAUAUUUCGAAAUUCGAUUUUAACGCAUUCUAUUACAAAAAUUAUCGCAAAAUGCGCAAAGCUAGGAGCUGCGCAAAGUUGGGUGCGUACACGGUAAUCGCAAGUCAGUCACAUUGCGAUUUCCAGCACCUCAAGUGAGUUUUUCACUUUGUAGUCACUAUGAUCCAUUAAAUACUCAAACAUUCUUUGGUGUGUGAUGUUUAGAGCUGAUCAAAAUUACUUAUACACAAUUUUUGACGAGAAAAAUUACAAAAACUUUGCAAGCAAUUUUCUCAUUUGCACGUUUUUCCAGAUGUGCUCGACUUGCGGUUAGCGGCAGUUUAGUAGUUGGUGAAUAAUGAAUAAAGAAUAGAGAAUGAUGAAUAGAGAAUAAAGGAUGAAGAAUAAAGAGUAAAUAAUAAUUUUCUUUUCAUUAAUAAAGAGGCUUUCAGCUCUGCUGGUUUACCUCUGGGUAAAGAAUAAAGAAUAAAGAAUAAAAAAAAGAAUAAAAAAAGAAUAAAGAAAAAAAGGAUAAAGAAUAAAGAAUAACUAAUAAAUAGGAUAAGAAGAGGGAAGAAAACGGAAGAAGAGAGAAAGAAGACGGAAGAAUGGAGAAGGAAAAAAGAUGAUAGAUUGAAGAAAGAACAUAGAAAAAGGAAGAUGGAAAAAGAAGAAGAAACAAGAAAGAUGGAGGAAUGAAGAAGGAAGAAAAAACAAGAAUGAAGAAAAAAGAAAAGGAAGUAGCUAAAAGAAAAAAGAAGGAAAAAGGGCAAAGAAAGGAAAAUUAUGGAAGAAAACAGGACGAAAGAAGAAAUAAAGAUGAAAAAACAAGGGACAAGGAAGAGGGAAAAAAGAAAGAAGAAGAAAGGACAAAAGAAAGAAAAGGAAAAAGGUUGAAAGAAGAAGGGAGAAGGUAGAAUGAAUAAAUAAUAGAGAAAAAGGAAGAAGAAACUUGGAAAAGAAAGAAGGUAGAGGAAAGCAGACAGAAAGAGAGGAAAAACAAGGUAAUGAAAGAAGGAAGAAAGAAGAAAAGAAAACAAGCUAAAGGAAGAAAUAAGAAAGCAAAAGGAAUGAAUGAAGAAGGAAGAAGAAGAACAAAACAAAAUAAAGGAAGAAGAAACAAGAAAAAAGGAAUAAGCAAGAAGGAACAAGGAAGGCAGAAGAAGGAAAUAGGAACAUGAAAGGAGGAAUUAAGAAGGAAGGACUAUGGAAGAAGAACUAAGAAGAAAGGUAGAACGAAGGAGCAAUAAAGAAACAGAAAGAAAGAACUAGGAAGGUUUUAAGAAGAAAGAAGGAAAAAAUGAAUAAAAAAGUAGGAAAAAGAAAAAAAAGAAGGAAUUAAGAACAAAUAAGGGAGAAUAAAAGAGCAAAAAGGCACGGCAAAUGCUGGGUAAAGCGUACCAUUGGUACUUCGCGUACCUGAAGGAAUAAAAUAGACCCCAUCUCGCGCUCCUUAGCCUCUUACCCAGCAACUCCUAUCCCUACCUCCCCGCGGUGCUGGCCGGGAUACGAGCAACCUUAGGGAAGAUCGGGUAACCAACCCCGGUGGGAACUAUAGUCGUAUGCUGACAGGGAAGGGGGGGUUUGCUACUCUCCGGAGGUGCAAAUCUUAUUGAGCGUCUGUUCUCCAUGUCAAGAUGGGCUCACAACAGCGUCUGUUCACCAUGUUAGGGGCGGCUGAUCAUCGUCCGAGUGCCAGCGAGGGACUCUAAGUGAAACUGUGCACCAUGGUUCACCGGAAAUAAGGAGGAAUGGUCCUCCGGAAAUUUAGGGGGUUUGGUGUCAGGCCCUGCAAGCCAGCCUUUAAAAAAUCAUAAGCAACGAACAAUCAACAAGAGAGUACGGAUCGGAACCAUCGGCGAAGACCACUGCGACGAAAAGGGACUAGCGAUUGGAAACUCGGUUCGUGGAACUGCAAAUCUCUCAAUUUCAUCGGGAGCACACGCAUACUCGCUGAUGUGCUCAAGGACCGUGGAUUCAACAUCGUAGCGCUGCAGGAGGUUUGUUGGAAGGGAUCAAUGGUGCGAACGUUUAGAGGUAAUCAUACCAUCUACCAGAGCUGCGGCAACACACAUGAGCUGGGAACAGCUUUCAUAGUGAUGGGCGAUAUGCAAAGGCGCGUGAUCGGGUGGUGGCCGAUCAACGAGAGAAUGUGCAGGUUGAGGAUCAAAGGCCGGUUCUUCAACUUCAGCAUAAUCAACGUCCAUAGCCCACACUCCGGAAGCACUGAUGAUGAUAAGGACGCAUUCUACGCGCAGCUGGAACGUGAGUACGACAGCUGCCCAAGCCACGACGUCAAAAUCAUCAUAGGAGAUUUGAACGCUCAGGUUGGCCAAGAGGAGGAGUUUAGACCGACUAUUGGAAAGUUCAGCGCUCACCGGCUGACGAACGAAAACGGCCUCCGACUAAUUGAUUUCGCUGCCUCCAAGAAUAUGGCCAUUCGUAGCACCUACUUCCAACACAGCCUCCCGUAUCGGUACACCUGGAGAUCACCACUGCAGACAAAAUCACAAAUCGACCACGUUCUGAUGUCGCCACUGCAUACGCGCAGCAUCUCGAGGCAGCGUUGCCGGAAGAGGGUGAGCUCGAUGGGGCCCCUCUUGAGGACUGCUGGAGUACAGUUAAAGCAGCCAUUAACGACGCAGCGGAGAACAACGUCGGGUAUAUGGGUCGAAGUCGACGGAACGAUUGGUUCGACGAAGAGUGCAGACAGAUUCUGGAGGAGAAGGACGCAACGCGGGCGGUCGCGCUGCAGCAAGGUACCCGGCAGAACGUGGAACGUUAUAGACGGAAGCGGAGACAGCAGACCCGCCUUUUCAGGAGAAGAAACGCCGCCUGGAAGAAGCGGAGUGCGAGGAGAUGGAACAGCUGUGCCGUUCUCAAGAUACACGCAAGUUCUAUCAGAAGCUCAACGCAUCCCGCAAAGGCUUUGUGCCGCGAGCCGAAAUGUGCCGGGAUAAGGAUGGGAGCAUCUUGACGGACGAACGUGUGGUGAUCGAAAGGUGGAAGCAGCACUACGAGGAACAUCUGAAUGGCGCUGAGAGUACAGGCAAUGAAAGUCAAGGCAGCGGAGGAGAUGACUACGUCAGUUCAGCGGACGAUGGAAGCCAACCAGCCCCCACCUUGAGGGAAGUUAAGGAUGCCAUUCAACAGCUAAAGACCAAUAAAGCAGCUGGUAAGGAUGGUAUCGGAGCUGAGCUCAUCAAGAUGGGCACGGAAAAGCUGGCCACUUGCCUGCACAAACUGAUAGUCAGAAUCUGGGAAAAUGAACAGCUACCGGAGGAGUGGAAGGAAGGGGUUAUAUGCCCCAUCUACAAGAAAGGCGACAAACUGGAGUGUGAGAACUUUCGAGCGAUCACCAUCCUUAAUGCCGCCUACAAAGUGAUAUCCCAGAUCAUCUUCCGUCGUCUGUCACCAUUAGUGAACGAGUUCGUGGGAAGUUAUCAAGCCGGCUUCGUUGAUGCCGCUCGACAACGGACCAGAUCUUUACUGUACGGCAAAUCCUUCAAAAAUGCCGUGAAUACCAGGUCCCAAUGCACCAUCUGUUCGUUGAUUUCAAGGCGGCAUACGACAGUAUAGACCGCGUAGAGCUAUGGAAAAUUAUGGACGAGAACAGCUUCCCUGGGAAGCUUACCAGACUGAUCAAAGCAACAGUGGAUGGUGUGCAAAACUGUGAAAAUUUCGGGCGAACGCUCCAGUUCGUUCGAAUCGCGCCGGGGACUAAGACAAGGUGAUGGACUUUCGUGCCUGUUGUUCAACAUUGUGCUAGAAGGUGUGCAUGCGGAGAGCCGGGUGUAACAGCCGGGGUACGAUUUUCAACAGAUCCAGUCAAUUUAUUUGCUACGCGGAUGACAUGGACAUUAUCGGCCGAACAUUUGGAAAGGUGGCAGAACUUUACACCCGCCUGAAACGUGAAGCAACAAAAGUUGGACUGGUGGUGAAUGCGUCAAAGACAAAGUACAUGCUUGUGGGCGGAACCGAGCGCGACAGGGCCCGCCUGGGAAGCAGUGUUACGAUAGACGGGGAUACCUUCGAGGUGGUCGAGGAAUUCGUCUACCUCGGAUCCUUGCUAACGGCUGACAACAACGUUAGUCGUGAAAUACGAAGGCGCAUCAUCUGUGGAAGUCGGGCCUACUACGGGCUCCAGAAGAAACUGCGGUCGAAAAAGAUUCGCCACAGCACCAAAUGUGUCAUGUACAAGACGCUAAUAAGACCGGUUGUCCUCUACGGACAUGAAACAUGGACAAUGCUCGAGGAGGACUUGCAAGCACUCGGAGUAUUCGAGAGACGGGUGCUUAGGACCAUCUUUGGCGGUGUGCAAGAAGACGGUGUGUGGCGGCGAAGAAUGAACCAUGAGCUCGCCCAACUCUACGGCGAACCCAGUAUCCAGAAGGUAGCUAAAGCCGGAAGGGUACGAUGGGCAGGACAUGUUGCAAGAAUGUACGAGACGGCGUGGAGCGCAGCGAGCGAGAUGGGCAGACCAGGUGCAGAACGACUUGGCGAGCGUGGGGCGUAUCCGAGGAUGGAGAGAUGCGGCCUCGAACCGUGCAUUGUGGCGUCAAAUUAUUGAUUCCGUGUUAUCUGUUUAGAUGUUAACUAAAUAAAUGAAAUAAAUGAAAUGAAAUGAAAAGAGCAAAAAGAAGAAGGGAGAAAAGAGAAGAAUAAAGAAUAAAAAAUAAGAAAGUAAUCUUGGCAAGAAUCAAAUGCCAAAUAUGUACGAGAACCAAGAACAAAAAAGUCUUGUUCUUUUCUAUGUUACCUCAACAUUUUUGAGCUGUGUAGACUAAAAAAUAAGAAUUCUGUAUAAAAAUUGAAAGACAACAAGAAGUUGCAAGAAGGUUGCGGAUCAUUUUAGUUUGUGCCCCUAUUAACGUCAAAUGUGAAUUCUUCCACUAAAAUUGGUUUCUCGCGAUUUUUCAGCCUUUCGAGUUUCAGCCUUUUGUUAUUUCAGCCUUAUGUGAGAUUUUUACUUUUCAGCCUUUCGUGUUCAGCCUUAUGAGUUUUCAGCCUUUCGUGGAAGACCCAUGUACACCAGUGUUGCAUUCAUUCUCAGUUCAAUAGAGGCAAUAAACCCUAGAGAAAGAUUGUCGGUAUAUUCCUUCUCCUCCUCCGCCCUCCUUAGCCGUGCGGUAAGCCGCGCGGCUACAAAGCAAGACCAUGCUGAGGGUGGCUGGGUUCGAUUCCCGGUGCCGGUCUAGGCAAUUUUCGGAUUGUAAAUUGUCUCGACUUCCCUGGGCAUAAAAGUAUCAUUGUGUUAGCCUCAUGAUGUACGAAUGCAAAAAUGGUGACUUGGCUUAGAAACCUCGCAGUUAAUAACUGUGGAAGUGCUUAAUGAACACUAAGCUGCGAGGCGGCUCUGUCCCAAUGUGGGGAUGUAAUGCCAAUAAGAAGAAGAAAGAUUGUCGCUGUUGUCACUGAUGAAACAUCUUUUGCUGGCAAUGAUAAGCUGGGAGCAGAAUUUGAUUGAUUAACACUUAUUUACCUAACAUGCUUAGAAAUCAGGGAAUCGCACAAUAAUAUGGUUAAAUAAAUACCUUUACUUUUCAAACACAAAACCGUGUACAAAAGCUUGAUGUAUAACAGUGUUCUUGAUGUAUUUGAUAAGACAAUUAACUGCACAAACUAAUAAGGUACAGCAGGUUAAGCGGGUAAAUGGGGCUUUUCACUAACUUGGUGAGGUAUUUCACUGAUGAAGCACAGAUUAAUUCUAUCGAAGAGUAUUCAAAUUGAAUUUGGUUUUCUCUGUAGUUUUGAAUUUCAGCCACAAAAAUAUUGAUAUGAACAUAAAAAGUAACGAAAAAAAAUUAAUGACUGCCUGUUUUUUACCACGGGUGGGGCAAGUGAAAAUUUUCCAACAUUGAAUGCAUUUCUAUAUUUUUUCAAACACAAGU